CUGGCUGGAAAGCACAAUCAGAUUAUGCCGUUUACAGAUGCAGAACAGGCUCGGUUGGAGUAUCUGUUAAAGGAAUGUUCUGAUGAAGAAGAUUGGCUUGUCGAUUCACAGGUGCUCACUUCCUCAAAGGAACCUCAGAUGAUGGAGAUAGUUUCCACCAGCCACUUAACUGGUAAGAAGACAUGGAUGCUGUGGCCCACGUUGGACAAUGCGAAGGAGCAAACUAGUCUAUCUGUCUGCCAAGAACCACUUCGCUUGCUGGAGCCCAAAGAAGCCAGGCAGAGCAUCUUCAAGUUUAGCGAACUCCGAAGCCCACGAAAAUUGUCACGAUUGGCUGAAAUUGAUCAGCUUCUGCUAGAAUUACAAAAUGAAAAUGGGCAUGCUGUGGAGGCACCGCCAAACAAUGGAAGACCUUCUUGGAAGGAUGACAAGGAAACUGGAAAUGAGUGUCAACAACCAAUUCGACCCGGAGAUCCAGUCCUCAAUGACUCAUCUGAGGUCCGAGGAGAAAUUGCCCGACUGCGGAUCAUCGAUCAGGAAUUGUCGUUGAUUCAGAAAGAAAAUUCGGAGCAACUUAUCGCCAUUUUCGCACUGCUGUUAUAUUCUGCUUGGAUACUACAACGUCGAAGACUGUUAGCACCUCUAUAA